AUGAGCGAAGAAAAUAACGGAAACGAGGUUUUCGGCAGGAUAAAAACACAUUUCCCGCCGGCCAAGAUCAAGAAAAUAAUGCAAACAGACGAGGAUAUCGGCAAAGUAUCGCAGGCCACGCCUGUGAUCACAGGCCGGUCGCUGGAAUUUUUCAUAGCGAUGCUGGUGAACCGCAGUGGGCAUGUGGCCAAGGACAUGGGGUGUCGUAGGAUAAGCGGGGACGUGAUGAAGAAGACGAUCAUGUCUGAUGAAAAGUUUGAUUUUCUGCGAGAGCUGAUAUGUGGUGAGAAUGGUAAGGCCGAUGGUGAGGAUGGUGAGGAUGCUGCCGGUGGUGGUGCGGCCGGUGGAACGACCGCAGACGAAGAAGAGUGA